GAACAAGGAGAAACGCAAGGACUCCAACCAUCACCACCACCACAAUGCUUCUGCAAGCACCACUCCCAAGCUGCCAGAGGUGGUCUACCGGGAGUUGGAGCAAGAUACCCCUGAUGCCCCGCCCCGGCCGACCUCCUAUUACCGGUAAGGCCACCUCCGCCUCCCAACUCUGGAAAACUGGUCAAGCAGGGCUUAGGAGCCAAAGACAGGUGACAAGCAACAGAUAGGAAAUGGCAGAGGUAAAGCAUAGCAGCAACACACUGGCCUGCCAAGGCAGACGUGCCCCAGCGAGCGGUGAUGGCAGUUCCUGUACACUGCCACAUGCCGGACCCUCACUGGGCGCUUUAUAGCCAUUCCCUUGUCUUAUUCUCACAACUCGCUCAGGUAGGUUUUGUUCAUGGGUGAGGAAACCACAAUCCAGAAGAAGGACCAGACUUACGAGCAGUCACAUGCCAGUAGAUAGCUGAACUGGGAUUCAAACCCAUAUUCCUCUGACUCCAAAGCGGCACUAUUUCUACAGUAUCAAAGGGUCCCAUCUGUUGUUCUUGACCCUUUCUACUCCAUCACCGUGACCUUGGGAAAGGCAUCUGUCUGGCUUUUGGUGUUCCAGUGACCCCAUCUGCAGUGCAGAUGUAAUAUUCCUCUGCUAGCCUCAAUGUGGAAGACUAGGGACACUGACUUCAUAGAGUCCUAAAAGCUGUUUGUAAAUCUGCAUAAGUAAUUUCCCCAUUGCUUGUCCAGUUACUGUCACCCAUCCUUUGGCAUGCAGAAGCAGUGUUUUCAUCACCAAUGUUUCAUACUCCUCUGAGAACCCUUUUAUUUCAUUUAACUGUUUCUUGGUAUCCUGCUUCCUUCCAAAAAUUUGUCACAGUGGCUCCUAAUAAAAAUCACAGUCAAAAGGCUAAAUUCCUUCAACAUGAGGUAAAAAAAUGGAGUGGGGGGAAGUAUGGUGGUAAAACCACAUUCAGAAACCCGAGCUAAAGGAUGGAACAAACACCAAGUGUGAGACUUCUUUCUGAGAGUCUUGGCAUCCAAGUCAAAGAGGGCACUUGGGUGAGUUAGUUAAGGAGCUGUCUUUGGUAUCAGCUAAUCAGAAGGCCUGAUCUCCGACAAGGACUUCUUAGAAAGGUUUUUAUGUGAAAGGUAGUUUUUACCAAAAGGGCAAUAGUAGGUACUAAAUCUCAGUUCUUUACAAGCAAAUUUUGGGGAAUUCAAGUGAUUUUCGUUCCUCUCACCCCUGUUGACAUGCCAGCCUGUCUUUUCCUCCUCUCUUCCAUCCUUCCAUCUGUCCAGCCCAGCUCCAUGUCCUUCUGGCUUUUCACUGUCUCUCUUAUCUGUUAGUGCUCACUGCCAUGCCCACCUCCCAACACAUAGACCCCUCUUCAGGCCCGCCCUCUCCCCUCAUGAUUCUUCAGCACUCUCUGCUCCCUUAGGCAGCACAGCUUAGCUCCUGCUCAUUUUCUUCAUCCUUCCACUUAGAGUCACUCUUUGCUCCUGUGGAUCAGAUCUGUUCUCCAGGCCGCAGCUCUCAGCUGGUCCCCUGCAAUCAGUUGGGAGGUGUGUUGCAUGUAAUUUGUUACUACUCUUAGCUGAACUGCCUGUUUUGGAAAUGAUUUACUUUUAUGUAAAUGUGAGAAGAUUCGAGGUCAUCUCUCUAACAACAGCCCUGGCUCUUGCUCCCAUCUGAUAAACUUUCUUGAGGGAGAGGGAGGGUGGAGUGUCAGCUGGCGUGUCAGGAAUCGCACAUGACACGCAGCCUACCUUAUCUGCGCCACAGCCUGUAAUCUGAGUGUGCUGUGGGAGUGUGCUGUGCACCAUCACAUAAUGUUACGUGUGUCAUGGCAGAAAAAAGGUUGAGAGCUGGUGCCAAGGCCUGGAAUGGGCCAGAGGGUUCACACUAGCCCUGAGCCACACCCUUUUUCAAGGAUGAAGAUGUUGCAGUCACCCUGGGGACAAGGUGAAGGGCGAAGCAAGAAGCUGCUUCUGACAGACACAGCACUUUAGUCUCUCCUCCCUUCCACUCUCAAAAUGUCUUUCAGAUGAACAACACUGACUGCCUCUUUCUCUGUGUUUAAUCAGAUAUGGUCCUUGCCUCUAUCCACGUAGUGCAGGGGUUAAGACACAAAAACAGUUAUAAUGCAAGACAGGGUCGGGCAGAGCUAUACCAAAGCUAAUAAUGAAGCUAACAUUUAUUGAGUUACUUGCUCCAGGUAGUGUUCUGAGCACUUUACCUAUAUUAACUCAUCUAAUGUUCCCAACAGCUGUGUGAAAGAGAUUCAAGUUAGGAUCACCACUUUACAGAUGUGGAAACCAAGGCCCUGAGAGGUUCGCUCACUUGCCUGCUGUCACCCAGAGCACAGCUCUGGAGCCUAUGCUUGCCUGGCCUGCUGCAGCUCGCAGAGUCGCAUUUUCCUUAUGGAGAGCAGAGUGGAGGCCCAGGAACUAACAUAUAUCUAGGCCCUGCUAUGUACCACUUGAUUUAGCCCAUUCAUUUUUAACUAAUUGCAUUUAAUCCUGACGUCUUAGGAAAUGAAAGGUAUUAUCCUCAUUCUCUCAUCAAUAAAACUGAGGUUUAGAAAAGAGCAGGGAUGUCCUGGAUGUCCCACAGUAACAGAGCCAGGACCUAACUGGCUGUUAGGUGUGUGUCCAGGUGUGUUAGAGACCAAAGCCGUGUGCUUUUCCGUUGUUGCUCCCUGUAGCUUUACAAUAGCAGAGUCAGGCCACCUGGAGUGUGCACGGCAGGGGAGUGGGGAGCCUGCUCUGUACCCCAGGCGCCUGGAGCCACCCCUGGCUGCAGUCCCUCGGGCCCAGGGAGUGCUGUGGAGUGGAGUUUGAAUCCUAGCUCUGCCACUUCCUGGUUGUGUGAACCACCUGUGUGGGGCACUUAACUUCCCAAAGCUUCCGGUUUCCUCCUCUAUAAAGUGAGGGCAAGAAGAACAUUGACCCAAGGACUGUGAGGAAGAUAACUGUGAUAACUUAGCACAAUGCCCGGUCAUAGUAAAUGCUCAGUAAAUAUUAGCUAUCCUGACUGUUACCUCCCAAGGCUUUCCAGAGACCAAAGAGUACCUAGAUUCUGAGGGAGCCCUGAGCUGCUGCUGCACCAGCUGAGAGAAGACCUACAGCAGCUCCAUUCAGGAUACAGCCGGCUGGUACUCAAACAAAUGUAAAUUGGCAAGUGAAAACUGAGGACCUUCCUGCCCCCGACUCUUUGUACCAUCACCCAGACCACUGCAAUCAGGGGUCCUAGCCGCCCCAUCCUUCUCCUUUCAGGAUCUUGCUGAGCCUCUGCAUCUCAAAGGAGGCAGUGUGGCAGCUAGGACAUGAGCUUUGAGCUCGGCAUGCCUGGGUUCAUAUCCCAGCUCUUCCACUUUCUCACAAGAGAGCCGACCCAGGUGAAUUCACUGCCCCAAACGUUAGGUUUCCUUUUCGGCACAACAAGAAUGAUGACAGGCCUUACGGUGCCUGGAGUAAAGGUGAGGCUAGAAUGAGACCACGUAUACAUCAAGGCACGGGCCUGGAACAGGGUAUAUUGAGAAGUCGGCGGAGGAGCUGGAUGAGGAGGUUGAGUACGACAUGGAUGAGGAGGACUACAUCUGGCUAGAUAUCAUGAACGAGCGGCGGAAGACGGAGGGUGUGAGUCCCAUUCCGCAGGAGAUCUUUGAGUACUUAAUGGACCGGCUGGAGAAGGAGUCGUACUUUGAGAGCCACAAUAAAGGCGACCCCAAUGCUCUCGUAGAUGAGGAUGCUGUGUGCUGUAUUUGCAAUGACGGCGAGUGCCAGAACAGCAAUGUCAUCCUUUUCUGUGACAUGUGCAACCUGGCUGUGCACCAGGAGUGCUACGGUGUUCCCUACAUCCCUGAGGGCCAGUGGCUGUGCCGCCGCUGCCUGCAGUCACCCUCCCGUGCUGUGGACUGCGCCCUGUGCCCCAACAAGGGUGGUGCCUUCAAGCAGACAGAUGAUGGGCGCUGGGCCCAUGUGGUGUGUGCCCUCUGGAUCCCCGAGGUCUGCUUUGCCAACACAGUCUUCCUGGAGCCCAUUGACAGCAUUGAGCACAUCCCACCCGCACGCUGGAAGCUGACCUGCUACAUUUGCAAACAGCGGGGCUCAGGGGCCUGCAUCCAGUGCCAUAAGGCCAACUGCUACACAGCCUUCCACGUGACGUGUGCCCAACAGGCUGGCCUUUACAUGAAGAUGGAGCCUGUGCGGGAGACAGGGGCCAAUGGCACCUCCUUCAGCGUCCGCAAGACCGCCUACUGCGACAUCCACACACCCCCAGGUUCAGCGCGCCGCCUUCCUGCCCUGUCCCACAGUGAAGGGGAGGAGGAGGAGGAGGAGGAGGAAGAUGAGGGUAAGAGUUGGAGCUCAGAGAAGGUCAAGAAGGCCAAGGCCAAGUCCCGGAUCAAGAUGAAGAAGGCGCGGAAGAUCCUGGCAGAGAAACGGGCAGCGGCCCCUGUGGUGUCUGUGCCUUGCAUUCCACCACACAGGCUCAGUAAAAUCACUAACCGCCUGACCAUCCAAAGGAAGAGCCAAUUCAUGCAGAGGCUGCACAGCUAUUGGACGCUGAAGAGGCAGUCGCGGAAUGGGGUCCCGCUGCUGCGUCGCCUGCAGACCCACCUGCAAUCUCAGAGGAACUGUGACCAAGUCGGGAGAGAUUCUGAGGAUAAGAACUGGGCCCUCAAAGAACAGCUUAAGUCCUGGCAGCGGCUUCGGCAUGACCUGGAACGAGCACGGCUGCUGGUGGAGCUGAUUCGCAAGCGGGAGAAACUCAAAAGGGAGACGAUCAAGGUCCAGCAGAUCGCCAUGGAGAUGCAGCUGACCCCCUUCCUCAUCCUCCUUCGAAAAACCUUGGAGCAGCUCCAAGAGAAGGACACGGGCAACAUCUUCAGCGAGCCGGUCCCUCUGUCUGAGGUAACCGAAUUGGACGAAGUACCUGACUACCUCGACCACAUCAAAAAGCCUAUGGACUUUUUCACCAUGAAGCAGAACUUGGAGGCUUACCGCUACCUGAACUUUGAUGAUUUUGAGGAGGACUUCAACCUCAUCGUCAGCAACUGCCUCAAGUAUAAUGCCAAGGAUACCAUCUUCUACCGGGCAGCAGUGCGGCUCCGUGAGCAGGGUGGCGCGGUGCUCCGCCAGGCCCGGCGCCAGGCAGAAAAAAUGGGCAUUGACUUUGAGACGGGCAUGCAUAUCCCCCCCAGCGUGACUGGAGACGAGGCCCCACACCACACCGAAGAUGCAGAGGAAGAGCGGCUGGUCCUGCUAGAGAACCAGAAGCACCUGCCAGUGGAAGAGCAGCUCAAGUUGCUGCUUGAACGGCUGGACGAGGUGAACGCCAGCAAGCAGAGCGUGGGCCGCUCUCGGCGCGCCAAGAUGAUCAAGAAAGAGAUGACGGCGCUGCGGAGGAAGCUUGCCCACCAGCGGGAGACUGGACGGGAUGGGCCUGAACGACACGGCCCCUCCAGCCGGGGCGGCAUGACACCCCACCCAGCGGCCUGUGACAAGGACGGGCAGACAGACAGUGCCGCCGAGGAGAGCAGCAGCCAGGAGACAAGCAAAGGCCUGGGUCCCAACAUGUCCUCAACCCCCGCACUUGAGGUGGGCAGGAGAACCUCAGUUCUGUUCUCCAAAAAGAACCCGAAGACAGCUGGACCGCCCAAGAGGCCGGGCCGGCCCCCCAAAAACCGGGAGAGCCAGAUGACCCCCAGCCACGGAGGCAGUCCUGUGGGGCCCCCCCAGCUCCCCAUCAUGGGCUCCCUACGUCAGCGCAAGCGGGGUAGGAGCCCUCGGCCCAGUUCGAGUUCAGACAGCGACAGUGAUAAAUCCACAGAAGACCCCCCAAUGGACUUACCAGCCAAUGGCUUCAGCGGUGGAAACCAGCCAGUAAAGAAGAGUUUCUUGGUGUAUCGUAAUGACUGCAGCCUUCCUCGGAGCAGCUCAGACUCGGAAUCCAGCAGCAGUAGCAGCAGCAGUGCUGCCUCCGACCGGACCAGCACAACACCUUCAAAACAAGGCCGGGGCAAGCCCUCCUUCUCUCGGGGCACAUUCCCAGAGGACAGCAGUGAAGAUACCUCAGGCACUGAGAAUGAGGCCUACUCCGUGGGCACUGGCCGCGGCGUGGGCCACAGCAUUGUAAGGAAGAGUCUGGGCCGGGGAGCUGGCUGGCUAUCAGAGGAUGAGGACUCCCCGCUGGACGCUCUGGACCUGGUGUGGGCCAAAUGCCGAGGGUAUCCAUCGUACCCAGCUCUGAUCAUUGAUCCAAAGAUGCCCCGGGAAGGUAUGUUCCACCAUGGGGUUCCCAUCCCUGUGCCCCCAUUGGAGGUGCUGAAACUUGGGGAACAGAUGACCCAAGAAGCCCGAGAGCAUCUCUACCUCGUCCUCUUCUUUGACAACAAGAGAACCUGGCAGUGGCUACCCAGGACUAAGCUGGUUCCUCUGGGCGUGAACCAGGACCUUGACAAGGAGAAGAUGCUGGAGGGCCGGAAAUCUAACAUCCGCAAGUCAGUACAGAUAGCCUACCACAGGGCCCUGCAGCACCGCAGCAAGGUGCAGGGCGAGCAGAGCAGCGAGACCAGCGACAGCGACUGACGCUGCCCAGCACAGCACAGCCUUCAGUGCCCUGCCGCCUCUCUCCUCCCCUUGGCUCACUGUCCUGGAGUGGCACCGGCCUCUGCACUGACUCAUUCCUGGUCUUGGGGCCAGUCUCAGGGGAAGCUGGGUGGGGGAGGUCCCUCCCGCCCUGAGUGCAGCUGGACUGUACAGAACACUCCAAGGGCCCCUGGGGGCUCUGCGCAAUGAGAGGGGAGGUCCCACAGGCCAGAAAGCUCCAGAGACCUCACGGCAUUGUAGUGCAGGGUGGUGGGCCAAGGUUAGGACACUGUGUAAAACAGGCCAUCCCACCACCUCUGCCUACUCGUGCCGGGAGAAUCCCUAACUGCCUAGUGGCCUAAGGCCUCUGAGGUGGUGUGGUGAGCGGGCAUCCGCCCAGCCUAGCAGUGGGACUGAUGUCUGUCCAGCCCGGAAGAGGGGCACUAGGUGACCCCCUCCCCUGCUGUUGUAAAUACUGUAAUUAGUGGAGAAUUUAAAUUAUUCUCAUUUGUAACUGCGUUUCCGGGUCGCGCCAGAGUCAUUUGGUACUAAAAAAAAAAAAGACUGGGGCCUGUCCCCACUUCCCUUCUUCCCAUAGAUUCCCCGACCUUUCAAACUGGUUUGUAUUUAUUUCAAAGGAAGAAAAUAUAUUGAUUCUUAGAAAAUAAAUGGUCUGUUUGGAA